AUGAAGCAUUUAUCAACUUUAAGAGAGAAAGGCUAUGUACAAGUAGGACAUCAACGCCAAAGAAAGCCAAUUAAAUUAUAUUAUGAAAUGCAUGGAAAUGGGCCUGAAAGAGUGCUAUUAGUGAUGGGUCUAAGUACACCUUGUGGCGCUUGGGAUCAUCAAGUAAUAUAUUUUUAUAUAUGUAUCUACUAUACUGUCAUUGUAUUUGAUAAUAGAGGCAUGGGAUUUUCAGAUGCACCUAUUGGUUUAUAUUCUACUUCACAAAUGGCAAUGGAUGCUCUUGAAUUAUUAGAUUAUUUUAAUUGGAAGGAAAGGGUACAUCUCGUUGGUAUUUCUAUGGGAGGUAUGAUUUCUUUAGAAAUGGCUGAUGCUGAUGUGACUCGAUUUCAAUCCUUAACACUUACAAGCACUACUGCUAGAAGAAAUCUACCCACUUGGACUGCUAUUUCGACACUGUCAAAAAUUACUUUCCUUUAUCGAGAUCCUAGAGAUCAAUUAAAAGCAGCGAUUGAUUUGGUCUAUCCUAAAGAAUGGUUAGAUAAAAAGCCUCUAGUGCAAACAGAGUUUGAAACAAAUAGAGAUUUAGCUACUCAUGGGUUUAUUGGGCAUAUCUUAAGAUCACGUCGUCAAACUUUACAUGGAAAUAUAGGACAAACAGCAGCCUGUUUACGCCAUUAUGUCUCUGAUAAACGCUUAAAUUAUAUAAAAUCUACAGGCUUAUCUAUUAUGAUUGUUACAGGGACCUUUGAUAACUUAGUACGACCUGAAUACUCUUAUCACAUGAAAAAGAUACUUGAAGAUGCAAGGUUUGAAUUAUUUGAAGGAAGUGGUCAUGCUAUUCCUGAAGAACAGCCUGAAAGAUAUAAUCAUUUAUUAAUAGAUCAUUUUAAACUAUCUUCUAAUAAAAAUAUAUCUAAGCUUUAA